ACCCUCGAGGUGACUUAAACGUCUUCCUCCUUUGUAGACUUGAAAUUGAAGGACUGAAUAUAACUUUGAGUUGGUGUGAGCGUUCGAGUCAUCGAAAGGCGCUAGAAGGUUGCUGAAAAGAAUAGUCAUAACUGCUUCCGUGCUCGAUCGAAGACAUCCAUAAUGGCGGACCCUAGACCUCCUCCUUAUCAACCACCUCAGGCCGGUUAUCCGCCUUCAGGGCCGCCAGCCUAUCCACAACAGCCAGGUUACCCUCCACCACAAAGUUACCCACCACCUGGGCCAGGGUAUGGGCCACCACCACAAGGGUAUGGACCGCCACCUCAAGGCUACGGGCCGCCUCCGUCUGCUCAGACCACUCAAACUACUACAAUCAUACAGCAGCCGCAAACUGUGGUUGUGGGGAAUGCGAUGUAUGGCGAAGCUCCUGUGUCGAUGGUGUGCCCGUACUGCACUGCAACCAUUGUUACUUCUGUGCAGUACACUCCUGGUACACUGGCUUGGCUCGCUUGUGGAGGACUGAUCCUUGUCGGCUGUUGGGCUGGUUGUUGUUUGAUUCCGUUCUGUAUCGACAGCAUGCAGGACGCCGUUCAUUCCUGCCCCAAUUGCCGUAGGCAGCUUGGAGUUUUCCGCCGAAUGUAAACCGAAGAUGGAGAGAGAAAGGGAAAGAGGAAGCAGGAAAGGGAAGGAAAGGUUGUACAACAAUCAUUUAACUGUAAUUUUUUAUAAUUGAGUUUAUCUCGUAAUGAUGAUCACAUCAAAAAAAAAAAAUACAAAAUACUAGUAGAGAAGCUUUAUGUCUUUAUUCCUGUGUAACAGUCCACGGUCCAUUUCCUGUUAUUUUGAUCGUAGUUAGCACAGCCGUCUCCAUGUCUGUCAAAGAUUAAUUGUCAUAUCCUUAACUCUGUUACGGUUUCCUAUCAUCAAAACAGAGAAUGGUACUUACUACAUGUAGCGAUUUCUAACAGUUGCGAAUGCUUUUCGCUGGGUUUCACAAUUCGUGUUCCGGCUGAUAGUAGAGAACAAACUUAAAGACUUUCAUAAUACCAAUGAAAAGAAAAUGUAGCCACUAUGGCAUUGUGCCUUGCUCGGCCGGUGUAUAUCCAAAAUAUUUUGAAUCGUUCAAAAAUGUUGACCGGAAGGUGAAGUUAAGAAUAAUAAAAGUUGUUAUCAAUGCUGCCGAUGCACGAUGCCAUCGUAGGAAACAUGUCAAUGGAUUUCUGGUAUUUUCCAUCAGCUUUGAUACAUGAGAGAAAAUUGACUGAAAGUGAAAAGCAUCCACGUCUUACAGUGCAAUUGUAGGAAAUUUAAUCAAUAAAAUGUGUACAAAUUU